AUGCUGGCAUCUGGCGUUUGCAGAAGCGAUCAUUCUCUCCUCACGAUAGAAAAGCAAGCCUCUUGGUUCCAGGAAAAGUAUAUCCUGGGCCACGAAGGUUGCGGACAGAUUGUUGAAGUGGGUAGCAAUGUUGAAGACAAAGGACUGAAAGUGGGAGAUAUUGUGGCUCUUCAUGCGGUUCCUGGUUGUAAUCAAGACGAUUGCCCCGAAUGUUCUCGCGAUCUAGCCCAGCUAUGUGAAAGAGGCCAUCACUCCGGCAUUGGCCAGGAUGGCUUCUACGCACCGUAUACUGCAGUUGAUAUUCGAGCUGCGGUCAAAGUUCCCGAUGGCGUUAGCCCAGCAGAAGCUGCCGUAGCUACUGACGCGGUGAACACAGCCUUUCACGCCAUCACUAGGAGAGGGGAAGUUAAAAAGAAUGAGACGGUUUUUCUCUUCGGUCUUGGUGGGCUCGGUUUCAAUGCUCUCCAGAUUGUUCGUUAUAUCGGAGCAAGGGUGAUAGUUUCCGAUAUUCGGCAAGAACUUCUUGAUGAAGCCAAAGCUCUAGGCAUACCUGAGAAAGAUAUCGUUCCGGUGGGAAAGCCUCCCCAGGAUUUCAUCAAAGAGAAUGGGCUGGAAGGAAAGAUAGACACUGUUCUUGACUUUGUUGGUACCCAUCAGACAUUCGAAGAUGCUCAACAUAUCGUACGCCGUGGCGGCAAACUUCUCUGCAUCGGCAGUCUUGACACAGAAAACACGAUUCACAUGAAGAUUGGUACUAGGAAGAGACUAUCUUUCAUUUUCUCUUACGGUGGUCAAGUCAGAGACCUCGAAAAGGUUCUUGAGCUUAUUGCUUCUGGUCAUAUCAGUCCGCGAGUUGAAACCAGAAAGCUUCCGGACUUUGAGGAAGUGCUUGGGGCAUUGGGUGAAGGAAAGAUCAAGGCGAGAGUAGCCUUACUACAUGAUUAG